AUGUGCUAUCAACUUGUCGAGCUCUACUCAGCAUGCCGCUGCCUCUACUACCAGCACGCCAUUGACAGAUGCGCUGCCUACGGCCGACCAGGACAUAGCAUCCAGAACAGAACGAUUUUGGUCGGAUACGCCUGCCAUGCCCACUCUUCAUCACACAGCACGUACGCAUCACAAUACUCAUACUCCGACUCUGGCUACCACUCUAGCCAUUCAAGCAAGGGCUCCCGCCACUACCGCUAUCUCUCCUCUUCGUCGGCCAUGACCGUUUGA